AUGGCCGUGUCGACGGUCGUAGCCAAGUCAGCGAGCGGUAGGCCCCUGCAGAUUGAAAGUGAGUUCACAUGCGAUCUUUCCAUUGAUGGACGAGUGAUGCGUGGCACGUUACGUGUUACGAAGGAGGAACUCCACCUACUGGGUUCCGAAAUGAUCGAUGUUUUUGGAUUGUGCCAAGGGUGCAAGCUGCAAGCCGAGUUCCCGCGAGUGUUGGCUGGUAGUCUCGGGCUCUGCAAGAAAGCGAAGGUGCAGUUCCAGCUGAAGACCAGAGUGACCCCUGUAUUUCGGCCGAAGCGUUCGGUUGCGUACGCGAUGUACCAGGCAGUCGACAACGAGCUGGACCGAUUGGAACGUGCGAAGAUCAUCACACCGGUAGAUUUUUUGAAGUGGGCAGCUCCGAUUGUGGCGGUUCGUAAGACAAAUGGGAAGAUCCGGAUCUGCGGAGACUAUUCGACGAGACUGAAUGAAGCGCUGCAACCUCAUCAGUAUCCGUUACCUCUGCCGCAGGAUAUCUUCACCAAUCUGGCAAACUGCACGAUCUUCAAUGCGUUCCUGAAAGUGGAGGUGGACGAAGGCUCUCGUAACCUCCUGACGAUCAACACGCAUCGUGGACUGUACCGCAACAACCGUCUUCCGCUGGGAGUGAAAGCUGCGCUCGGAGCAUUUCAACAGCUGAUCGAAACGAUGCUGGUCGGAUUGAAAGGGGUGAGCGGUUACCUGGACGACAUUGUUGUUGGCGGCGUCGACGAAGAAGAUCACAACAGGAAUCUUCGUGCGGUGCUGCAGCGGAUCCAGGAGUUUGGAUUCACCAUCUGA